UUUUAUUAGCAUGUCAGUUAAGAAGUUCUGAAUCAGUGACAUGUCUGAUUUCAUUAAUGAUGGUGCCGACAUCUCCAUGUCUCGGUAUGGUACAUUUUGUCCUGAGUCUAGUGUACCUUUACUCAAACCUGGCCAUUCCUCUCCUUCCUGUUUUCUACGUUCUAAUAUCUACCAGGGAUGUGUGAGGAAGCCAGCUCAAUCAGAGAGAAAGGUGUAUGUGGGUAACAAACCAUUGGCUGGUGAGGAUGUGGCUGUACUCCACACACAGAGGUUUCCCAACAACAGGGUCAUAUCCUCUAAGUAUACAAUACUUAACUUCCUGCCAAAAAACCUAUUUGAACAGUUCCGGAGGAUAGCUAACUUCUACUUCCUGUGUGUUGGCAUUAUACAGUUGAGUAUCGAUACACCAGUCACACCCAUCACCAGCAUUGCUCCUCUGGUUUUUGUUGUUUCUGUUACUGCAAUCAAACAGGGAUAUGAGGACUUUUUACGACACAAAGCAGACAAUGAGGUCAAUAACAGGAUGACCAAAGUUAUCAGAAAUGGCGAAAUGCAGGAAAUCAAAUCUAUGAAGAUCAAGGUGGGGGAUAUUGUGAAAGUGGAAAAAAACCAGGAAUUCCCGUGUGACCUGGUCAUGUUGUCGUCAUGUGAUGAAGAGGGUCAGUGUUAUGUCACCACAGCCAAUCUGGACGGAGAGACAAACCUCAAGACUCAGAUGUGUAUAGCAAACACACGGAAAUAUCAGACCGAUGAGGAAUUCCAGGACCUUCAUGCCCACAUAGAGUGUCAACAGCCGAUCCCGGACUUGUACAAGUUCAUUGGGCGUAUCACCGUACCAACAAACACAAGCGAAGAAGUCAGAUCUCUUGGCCCAGACAAUGUACUGUUACGUGGGGCAAGAUUAAAAAAUACACCUUACAUUUAUGGUUGUGCAAUAUAUACUGGACCAGAAACCAAAAUGGCAUUGAAUUCCAAAAAUAAAGUUACAAAGUUUUCUCAAGUUGAGAGAGCAAUGAAUACAUUUUUGAUCAUCUUUCUCAUUGUACUGCUGGUCGAAUCAUUAACCUGUACAAUACUGAAAUAUGUGUUUGUGAAUCGCUCUUCUGUAAAAGACAAGCUCUGGUAUGUCCCAGACAUGGACAAAGAAACAGAGAUCACAGCUCUGCGAGCAGUAGAGACGUUCCUGUCUUUCAUGGUGCUAUUUAAUUAUUUCAUUCCAAUAUCUAUGUAUGUAACUGUAGAGAUACAGAAAUUUGUAGGUUCAUUAUAUUUUGGCUGGGAUAUUGAUAUGUAUGAUGAAAAAAUGGACCAACCAGCCCGAGCUAAUACAUCGGAUCUUAAUGAGGAACUGGGUCAGGUCGAGUAUCUGUUCACAGACAAGACAGGGACGCUGACGGAGAAUGAGAUGCAGUUCCGUGAGUGUUCUAUCGGUGGGGAUCGCUAUAUUGAGGUUGACAAUAUGUUGGUGGAAAAAAGACCUGUUCAAAUGCAAGGAAGGCUUGUUACUCAAAUGACAAAAAAGAUGGAGGAUUUCUUUACUGUACUUGCCCUGUGUCAUACUGUACGAGUGGAUCACCCUCGGUCACACCUGAUCGAGAAAGCUUCAGACAGAGUUUACGAUCACACAGGCAUGGACUACGAAUACCAGUCUUCAUCUCCAGACGAGAAAGCAUUCCUCGAGGCCUGUAGGAGGUAUGGUAUUGUUCUCCAUGGUAUCCAUGACGACCGUUUGGAAGUGACGUUUAAGGGUGAAAUGAGACGGUAUAAGCUGUUACAUGUACUAGAGUUUGACCCCACCAGGAAAAGGAUGAGUGUCAUCAUACAGAAUGAACAAGAUGAGGUUUACCUGUUAUGUAAGGGAGCAGAGUCGGCCAUUCUGGACCGUGUGGCACCGGGACUGAAGGAGGUCACUCUACAACAUGUCAAUGACUAUGCAUUGCUUGGUUUGAGAACACUUGUUUUAGCGAGACGACUGCUCACUUCAGAGGAGUAUGGAGAGAUUGAUAGACGUCUUAAUCAGGCCAGAAACUCUCUGGAGAACCGAGAAGUCAUGUUGGAUGAGGUUUUUGAGUUCAUCGAGCAUGACCUUGAACUGCUUGGAGCUACAGCUGUAGAGGACAAACUGCAGGAUGAAGUACCAGAUACGAUUCAGUCUCUACAACAGUCUGGCAUCAAGGUAUGGGUGCUGACCGGAGAUAAGGAAGAGACAGCGGUCAACAUAAGUUACUCGGCCGGUCACUUCAAACAAGGCUUUGCUGAACUACGUAUCACAAAGAUGUCCUCUUCACUCCAGUGUUCUGAAGUCAUGACCAGGCUUAAGAGCAUAAAAGAUCAUUCCCCUAUUGAUCAGCCCUUUGUCCUGAUUGUGGAUGGAGCCAGCCUGGGGUUUGCUGUGAAGGACCACACAGAUUUAUUCCGGUCUCUGUCCCAGUCCUGUGUGGCUGUAUUGUGUUGCCGCAUGUCUCCUCUUCAAAAAGCUGAGGUUGUGAAGUUGAUAAAGAAUUCCAAAAAUAGUCCCGUAACUGCGGCCAUUGGAGACGGAGCAAAUGAUGUCAGCAUGAUACAGGAGGCUCAUGUCGGGCUAGGGAUCAUGGGAAAAGAAGGUCGCCAAGCUGUGCGAAACAGUGACUACGCUUUUGCCAAAUUCCGGUUUUUAAAACGAGCCAUUCUGGUGCAUGGCAACUAUUACUACACCAGAUUGGCUAACUUGGUGCAAUACUUCUUUUAUAAGAAUGUAGCUUUUAUCACUGCCCAGCUGUACUAUGUAUUUUUCUCAGGGUUUUCACAGCAGACAAUUUACGAUGUGAUGUAUCUCGCCAUGUACAACAUCACGUUUACUUCACUGCCGAUAUUCAUCUACAGUCUAUUUGAAAAGGCCAUACCACAAGAACUGUUACAUAAUCCACGCCUAUAUAAAAAAAUUGCCCGGAAUGACCUCAUGUCUUUUAAAUCUUUUGUUAAAUGGAAUUUCUUAGGUCUAUGGCAUUCCGCUGUAUUCUUCUUUGGUGUUUUUUUCCUCUUCUGGAAUAACGUGUCUAUAUUCCAUGAUGGCAAGUCUGAUGGUAUUUGGACAUUUGGGACGGUACUAUAUACAACUGUUGUAGCUGGUGUCAACUUUAAGCUGGUGAUAAUGACACACACAUGGAACUUACCUAUCUUCUUAUCCUACCUCAUAGCCAUUCUUGGGAACCUGUCGAUGACACUGUUUUACUCAGGAGUCAGGUUGUCUGCGAUACUGGACCUCCAGAAUUAUUACUUUGUGUUCUACGAGACAAUGUCCAGUGUGGUCAGUUGGCUAGCUAUUUUACUGUUGGUGGUGCUUGCCCUACUUCCCGAUCUCAUCAUUAGGGUUGUCUCCGACAUCAGCAAGACACUGGAGGACAGCAACCUAAGGGGGCCUAACCUGGACAAAUUGACAAUGUCGGUCACUAAGCGGUCUGGAAAGCUAACGCUUUCUCAGAUCGAUAUAAUGAGUGACCAGGAAGAUACGGUACCCAACAGGAAUAGUCAAGGAGGCAUUCCGAAUCUAACGUACCUUUGACAGAGAAAUAUGCAGGAAAGACGACCUACUAUAGGACCGAUCAUCCAAACUUCUCAACAGACUGCGUUCCCCUAUCGUACACCUCUAUUAAUUAUUCCUAAACAGAAAACUACACCUAUAGAAGAUAAUGCAUUGAAGUGCAUUCUUGCCGUGACAUGGAUAAAAUACGAAGGCUGUAUUACCUGAUUGGUGACAGUUUCCUUCGAUUUUAUAUUACGCAGAAUUUGACAUUCAGUUAUACCAACUAGAAGGAACAUCAGUAGAGCUGUAAACUUUACCUUUCGCUAAACAAUGUAUAUGCAUUGUUAGACAAACAGUGUACGUAGGCGUUUUAUACCGUUAUUAACUGGGGUCUAGUGGGUUAUUUUUCAAAACAUAUACGUGGCAUCAAAACCAGUUAUUAAUUAUUGUAUGGUAUUUUCAGUUUAUCUAACAGAGCGAGGUUACUCGCAAAUCAAUCUAUUUAUAGUGCUCAUUCUCUCUACUGUUACAUUUAUGUCUAACCCAUUAAGAUAACUAUCCAAUCGUAAUGUUUUAUUAGCAUUUCAUUAUGACAUCCACGUAAUCUGUCUGAUUUCAGACUUUUGAGUAAUGAGUAUAAUGAAUUUACGUUUCGGCAUUAUUACAAAUGAAUAAGUAAAAUAAAGAAUCCUGAAUACAAAGCAGUUGAGUUUAAACAAUCUUAAAGUAGUCCCCGCAGUGGUUUUCUGGUAAAUGCUGAUUAAUGUUUAUAAUAGCAUUAAACUUUUUGUUAAGUAAGAAUCACAUUAAACUUCUUAUUGCGAAUUAUUUCAUAUCAAUGGAAAAUCCGCCCCAAAUGUAUAUAUAUCAGAUACUGACAUUCUGCUAAUUCUUGUGAUAAAAAUGAUAAUAUAAAUUGUGAUAUCUUUACUAUGCAAACGAUAUGUUUGAAAUGCUAUAUGCAAUAUGUCCAAAAAUACCUACUUUUGAUACCGACAUCUAAUCAGAAAAUUAAAUCAAGAUGUUUAUUUGUAUAUAUUUGUGCAAUUUGUCAUAGUUUUUUUUAAGUGUCUUAGGAGAGACUUCUUUGAUGUUAACUGUAAAUAGUGUUUAAUAUCCACUACACACAUAUAUAUACAUACUUAUUGUCUCACAAAAUAUUUUAUAAAUCAUUAUUUUACAUUUAAAUUUUAUUUUUAUACUGAUUGAAAUGUUGAUUACGCUAAAUUGAUGCACGUCUGUUUUCUUAGUUCUGUGCGUGGUGAGAAAUCCUAUUUACGUACAUGUAUGUGCUACAUCAUUUUUUGUGCUUACAAAUAAUUGUGACCUGCAUAGAUUAAUCAUUGAUAAUUAAUUAAUGCGAACAGUGGUUUUAAGCGAUAUUUUUAUAAUUGAUAAAUGUUUUAAACAAAAUGGAUGCCUUGUACAUGAAUCAGUAGUCCCUUUAUGUGUGUUUGAAAUAUUGACGUGUUUUGCGAAUUAUGUUUUAAGGAAAUGACAGCUAUGCAUCCAUAUUGUCGUUGAUUUUACAUCCUAACUGUAUGAAAUAAUCCACUGGAAAUACUUUUCAUAAUGCUGCUGCAAACAAGUUUGUCUGAAUUUUCAUGAACUGCUGAACUGAUGGUUUGGAGUGUUAUUCUCUGUUAAUUUUAAGUUUUAUUGAGGGCAAUCUAUUAAGAAUACCAUAUUAGUAUCUCUAUGAGAAAAUCUCAUUUGUGUACUGCUGACAUUCCUUUAUAUUAUCAGAACUGUUUUCGAUAUCCCGGUGUGAAAGUCAGUGCUUAGUGUUGCCCUUACGAUAUCACAGGGACAACUAUUCCAAAUCUUUAAUAAAGCUCAGACAUUCCAUAUUAAAACAUAUUACACUGCUGAAAAACGAUUAAAAGUUUUUUUUUUAAAAAGACAAAGAAAACGGUGAUUUGUUUCCAUCUUUCUUUAAGAUUGAAACGAUUUUCAACGCACUGUAUCUUUCAUGUUUCUCUAUAAAAUCAUUUAUUUUACAACAAAAUAUAUACUAACUUAUAAUAAUCUCUCUUGUUUAUCCCGAAUGGAAGAGCGCAACUAGUAUAAAUGUGGGCGGAAACCGGAGUACCUGGAAAAUCGUAAGAAAAGAAUUUUAUAGAUUAUGGCAUUGUACAGGUGGUCUUCAUUUAGGAAAUCGAACUUACUAGUGCAUAAAGAUCCAAAAUGUUUUAUGAAUGAAUGAAAAUUUACAUUUUAAUUCACAUUUUAAUCAUAACGCAACAUACAUGUGUCCGAUUUACAUGAGCAGUUAAAGGUAAAUACUGAUAAUAUGCAAAUGAAUGUGAGGUGUUGACAUUAUAUACCAAAAAUUGCUUUUUUUAGUUUGUGUUCAGAUAAAGAUAGCUUUCUAUUUUAUCUUAUGUUUUGGUGAGUUACUAGAUUGUUGCGACUGAUUUAUUAUUGAUGACAUAGUGACGAUUAGUACUACAUUAUUGUAUAACAUAUCAGAUAUUCGGAUUUAUAUCCUGAUGCCCUAAUGAGCUGUACAUAUUGUUUACUUACUUGAAUGUCAAUUAUACCUCCGAUUGGUCAAAUAGACCGUUGUGAUAAUAUUUGAAAAUUAUUAUAUUUUAAAGUUUCAGUGCUGAGGAUUAUGAGUUUAUAGAAGUUAAUGCUUUAAUAGUCAAUACAAAAGAAAUUAAAAAUAUUGUACACUUUUA